CUCCUCUCUUCUACUAUUCUUCUAUUCUAUCCAUGUCGCGAAAUUGAGAGUGCCGGUUUGAUACCGCCAACGACCAGCCUCAUUAUCAGCUGAUGCUUUCUUUGUCCAUUUGUCUCGUUUCAAUCGCUACUCAGUCAGGUUCCCAAUCCAAAAAUUCGUUCUUCCGGCCGUCUUUUUCUACUUUGGAUUCGUCGCGUUUUCUUCCGCCGAACCAAUUCUCUUAUCUGUUAAUCUUACUUAUUACAAGAGUUUGCCUCGUCUUGCUCCGUCGCCGCCGUCGGGGUUUUCUUUUCCUGAAUCCUCAGUCCCAAAGAUCGAAACUUUUUCCAGAUGGGUAGUGCUGUAGCUCAGUGCCCACAUGGGAUCACUUCGCAUUCCACCGGAAAUCUCGGUCAAAAGAAGCUGGGUUAUUCUUCUCGGUGCUCCAAAUUUCCUUGUCAAUUGGAUUUCGCUAGGUUUGGCUUGCUUCAUCAAGGUUCCUCUGCCGCUUCUUCCUCUGAUCACUCCACGGAAUUCGGGCGUCGAAUAAAUGCUGUACCAGAUAUGGAUGACAUGUUCUGGGACAAAGUACCAACUCCUUUACUUGAUAUGGUUGAGAACCCUAUUCACCUCAAGAAUUUGUCCGUCCAGGAGUUGAAGGAACUAGCUAGUGAAAUACGGUCAGAACUAUCAUGUAUAAUGUCAGAGAAGCCAAAUUCUUUGAAGGCCAGUUUGGCUGUGGUAGAACUCACCAUUGCCAUACAUCAUGUUUUUCAUGCUCCAGUGGACAAGAUACUAUGGGAUGUAGGUGAACAAACUUAUGCGCAUAAAAUUCUCACAGGCAGGAGGGCACUAAUGCGCAUGAUGAGGCAAAAGAAUGGUCUUUCUAGCUUUACAUCUCGGUUUGAGAGUGAAUAUGAUUCCUUUGGAACAGGGCAUGGCUGCAAUAGUGUUUCUGCUGGUCUUGGAAUGGCCAUUGCACGCGACAUCAAAGGGAAGCGUGAUCGAGUUGUUACUGUCAUUAGCAAUGCGACAACUUUGGCUGGACAAGUAUACGAGGCAAUGAGUAAUGCCGGUUACUUGGACUCAAAUAUGAUUGUGAUUUUAAAUGAUAGCCGUCGCUCUUUGCACCCAAAGAUCGAACAAGAGCCAAAAACUUCAAUUACUGCCUUAUCUAGUACCUUAAUCAAGAUUCAGUCUAGUAAAUCAUUCCGGAAGUUCAGAGAAGCUGCAAAGGGAAUUACCAAAAGGAUUGGCAGGGGUAUGCAUGAAUUGGCUGCCAAAUUUGAUGAGUAUGCACGUGGUAUGAUUGGUCCACAAGGAUCGACUCUUUUUGAGGAGCUUGGUCUUUAUUACAUUGGCCCUGUUGAUGGACACAAUCUAGAAGACCUCAUUUGUGUUUUGCAACAAGUGUCAUCUUUGGACUCCAUGGGCCCAGUCUUGAUACAUGUGAUCACUGAAGACAAUCAUCAAGAUGCAGAAUGUAAUGAAAAGAUCGAGGCUGACAACCCACAGGAAGGUAUGAUCACUAUUAGUUAUGAUGACUCGGUCUCUUCUAGUGUGCAGACUCGGACAUAUAGCGAUUGCUUAGUAGAUUCUUUGUUAAUGGAGGCAGAGAAGCACAAAGACAUUGUUCUGGUCCAUGCAGGAAUGGAAAUGGAACCCUCCUUUCAAGUGCUUCAGGAAACAUUCGCUGACAGGUUUUUCGACGUGGGAAUGGCCGAGCAACAUGCUGUCACAUUUUCCGCCGGUUUAUCUCGUGGGGGAUUGAGACCUUUUUGCAUUAUUCCUUCUACUUUUCUACAGAGAGCAUAUGAUCAGGUGGUCCAUGAUGUAGAUCGGCAGAAGAUUCCAGUGCGAUUUGUCAUCACAAGUGCAGGAUUGGUGGGGAACUCCGGUCCCGUGUACUGUGGGGCGUUUGAUGUGACAUUCAUGUCGUGCUUACCGAACAUGAUCGUUAUGGCUCCAUCUGACGAGGAUGAGCUGGUGGAUAUGGUGGCUACCGCUGCCCAGAUAGACGACCGACCGGUCUGCUUCCGGUAUCCAAGAGGCGCCAUAGUCAGGACAGACCAUUUUAUGCAUCCUGGAAUUCCCCUCGAGAUUGGUAAAGGAAGAGUGCUUGUAGAAGGCAAAGAGGUGGCAUUGCUAGGAUAUGGAGCAAUGGUUCAGAACUGCCUCAAAGCUCAAGCCCUUCUUUCGAGGCUCGGCAUCGAAGUAACAGUCGCUGAUGCAAGAUUCUGCAAACCACUUGACACAGAGCUUCUCACCCUGUUGUGUGAGAACCAUAAGUUUCUAAUCACAGUUGAGGAAGGUUCUAUCGGAGGAUUUGCAUCUCAUGUUGCACAGUUCAUAGCUCUCAAUGGCCAUCUCGAUGGAACCGUUAAGGUGAUGAACAUCAGAAACUUCCAUUUUUGGUAAAAGGUAUAAAAAACGUGAUUUUAAAUGUCUAUGCAAAAUCUACAGUGGCGGCCAAUUGUAUUACCCGACAGCUACAUCGAAAACGGGCUGCCUGAGGAACAACUAGCUCGAGCCGGAUUGAGCGGGCACCAUAUAGCUGCAACGGUCCUGAGGCUGCUGGGAAGAGUGCGGGAAGCUCUCCUUUUGAUGUGCUAACAGAAAUAAAAUAAACAUCUCUGUAAAUUGUUGAUGGUUGAAUGUAGUUUGGUCGCAACUAGUUUACAUAUGUGGUUUGUUUUUGGGGUAUAAAGACCUCUAAACAAACUGCUAGCAGGGGACGACUCUUCUGGGUGGUAAAGACUUGGCAAUGCAAACAUAGAAAUGACUGGUACAGAAUCAUAACGCUGCCCUAGCAAUGUAAACUUGGAAAACACGGAAUGAGCUCAACGAUAGAAAUGUUUAUUUAUGUCGCGGACCAUCGAUCAUUGCUCAG